AACUACUGCACGCAGCACAUGGAUAUUUCAUACUCAAUAAAGACGAAGAACGUUACUUCUUGUGUGUUUUCUAUAGCCAAAGAAAAUGGUCAUGUCCUUACCACCACGGAAGAAGUUCACUACAUCGCGUGGCUACGCCUACUCAUUCAUUCACAUCCCAAGUCAAGACCAUAAGCUAACCAUCUUCCUCAUCCACGGCUGGCCCUCUCACAUCGAUGAUUGGAUAUACCAAAUCAGAUAUUUCGAGUCUCAAGGCUAUGGUCUCCUGGUUCCAGAUACCCUAGGGUACGGAGGAUCAAGCAACCCAGCAGACCCUAAAGCGUACCGGCUCAAGCCGAUGAGCCAAGAUCUCAUUGAGCUGCUGGAUCAUGUCCACCUGCCAAAAGUAGUUGGCAUCGGCCACGAUUGGGGCGCCACAAUCCUCUCACGCUUAAUCCUCUAUCACUCGGACCGAUUCUACGCGUCUGCGUUUCUGGGUGUAGGACCACCCAAGCCUAGCACGCGGUUUGACCUUGAUAUAGUUAACCAGACGACGAAAAUGGCUACUGGAAUAGAGCGUUUUGGGUACAUGACCUAUAUCGUCCGCGAUCCAAAUGCUCAACACAUGAUGGAGGUCCAUGCUGAGUCAUUCAUGGAUAUCGUGUUCGCUGCCGACCCCAAGAUGUGGGAUCUCCAUUUUCAUCCCAUAGGCGGGAUGAAGAAAUUUGUGGAGGCAGGUCAGGGCCAAGAGGUCGCAGCAUGGUUCACCCCCGAACUGCAGAGGAGGCACCUCGAGACGUUUGGCAGGAAAAACGGAUACUUGGGGCCGUCAAACUACUACAAGAUGUUGACGGAAAAUCUCUCGGUGCCGGAUGAGAAGGGGUUUGAGGAUUUUCGGAUUCCGCAUCAGGUUGUCUUUGUUGCGUCAAAGGAGCCGGCUUCGGCCGCGGUUAUGCAGAUGCGGAUGUUGUCUGCUUGGGUGCCGCAUCUUAAGGUCACUACGGUUGAUGCGGGACAUUGGGUUCACAUGGAGAGGAGCGCGGAGACGAAUAGGGCCAUCGAGGAGUUGUUGGAGAGGUUGUAGGUAUCUGCUACAAAAAUUGAAAAGUACCACCGACAGGCACGUCAAUAUUAUUAUUAUUAUUAUUAUUAAA